GUUUUUCGUCCGUGAAGUGCAGAGCUCGACGCUAUGGCAAGAACCAAGCAGACCGCCCGUAAGUCUACCGGUGGCAAGGCGCCCAGAAAGCAGCUCGCCACUAAGGCCGCCCGCAAGAGCGCCCCGGCCACCGGCGGCGUGAAGAAGCCUCACCGUUACAGGCCGGGCACCGUGGCUCUGAGAGAGAUCCGCCGUUAUCAGAAGUCUACUGAGCUGCUCAUCCGCAAGCUGCCCUUCCAGCGCCUGGUGAGAGAAAUCGCUCAGGACUUCAAGACUGAUCUGCGUUUCCAGAGCUCGGCCGUCAUGGCCCUGCAGGAGGCGAGCGAGGCGUACCUGGUCGGCCUGUUCGAGGACACCAACCUGUGCGCCAUCCACGCCAAGAGAGUGACCAUCAUGCCCAAGGAUAUUCAGCUGGCCCGCCGUAUUCGCGGAGAGCGCGCUUAAACGACGACCGCGUCUAAUCUACACAAAGGCUCUUUUAAGAGCCACC